UACAGCCUAUGCACUCACUCGUCGAGAAGUCGUUCUUCUUUUCCAGGACAGAUUUCGAGCGUCAAGUGCGCGGAUUCUUGACUUUGUAGCGCUCACCUUGAACUGGUUCUGGACUGGACGGCCAAGAGAUAGUACUAACUGUCCUCGCGAGAGUGCUAUGGAUCAGUCUGAUGGCGUUGAGUAAUCACCGGGAAGCGGUGUAGUCAUGGCGUGGAGAGUUCCAAUCUCGCAGCUUGUUUUGCUUGCUCUGUUAGCGUCAAAGGCACUGACAGAAAUUCAGAACACCGUGCUAACCGUUGAGGAAUGCAAGGAUGUGAACGGGAAUGGAACAGAGUUUAAUACGGAGAAGUGCAAUGCUGGCUGGAGUAGCAACACCACAGUAACACAAUGCUGUCAGGUGGAGACACGGGAGUACAGCUACAGUGGCAAUGAAACAAGUAAUAUAACUAGCUCUGACCAAUUCUCACCAGGACUUGUGUGCUGUCUGGAGCAAAUGUGCCCGGCUGAAGCCAAUUUCACAAUGAAUGAAAUAAUCAGCUGUCAUCCCAUUAGCCCGGUAGGUUCCAACGAGCCAUCUUUAAAUACCACGGAUGUGGGUGAUGAGACCAGUGGGAAUGUCACCGUGGCAACGUACUGCUGUAAAACACUCUGCUGUCAAGAGCCGGAGAGUGUUAUCCCGAAACUUGUCAAGAGGCUACAUGAAGUGGAGAAGAUCAACCAUCAAUGGCUUAUUAUUCUCACGGCAACCGUGGCUGGCUGUGGCUUCAUCGCCAUUGCUUUCUCCUUGUUCAUGUGCCACUCUCAUCAGCUGUGGAGACUACCCUGGACAAGACGUUCUAAGGAAGAAGAGGCUGAUCGUGGUGACCUGUCCUCACCUUCCAUUAGCAUUGAUCCUCCAUCGAUGAAGAUGGUAACAAGAGAAGUUAGCGAACCGGACUAUUUCCAAACCCGCCUGCCGAGUGGUCUGAGAACGGCUGCAACGUACAACUCGCCUGACGAAGAAGAGGAUACCGCCUGGCUGCUCAACUCUGUGUUCAAUGGCAGCAGCAACCAAACUGAGAAUAGCAGUCACCGGCGUGGCUACUCAGACAUAUCCGUUGUCUACCAGCACAGGAUACAGCCCAAGCACGGUUAGCACGGCUAGUCCCGGUUUCUCAUGACAUCCAUCGUACGGAUAUGAUUGCUUUGCGGCAUAGUCGGGGUGUAUGCAUCCAAUCUGCACUUAAGUGGUGUAGCCAGUUGACACAUGUAUAUGAUUGUGACUAUCUCAUUAUAGCAUGUACAUGUGAUUCAAAGAAUUUCUGGAUAUGUGGAUAUGUGGCGCAUAAAUACUCCGCUUUAUUGAGUUGCCCUGAAUUUCGUUUCACACUAAAAUUGAUAAUUCUGAUUCAUAUGAUUUUUAUGCUGACCUUUCAUACAAACUUCCA